AUGCAGCCUGCCGCUGCCAACGACACCUCUGCGGAGCUCAACCUGUCGCAGCCGGUGCCGGGCGCCGCCCUGGGGAACCAGACGGGCCUCUCGGAGCACCAGCAGUACGCCAUCGGCCUGUUCCUCUCCUGCCUCUACACCAUCUUCCUCUUCCCCAUCGGCUUCGUGGGGAACCUCCUGAUCCUGGUGGUGAACAUCAGCUUCCGGCACAAGAUGACGGCCCCCGACCUGUACUUCAUCAACCUGGCGGCCGCGGACCUGGUCCUGGUGGCCGACUCGCUCAUCGAGGUGUUCAACCUGCACGAGCAGUACUACGACAUGGCCGUGCUCUGCACCUUCAUGUCACUCUUCCUGCAGAUCAACAUGUACAGCAGCGUCUUCUUCCUCACCUGGAUGAGCUUCGACCGCUACAUCGCGCUGGCCAAGGCCAUGCGCGCCGGCCUGCUGCGCACCAAGCAGCAGGCCAGGCUGAGCUGCGGCCUCAUCUGGAUGGCCGCGGUCUCGGCCACACUGGUGCCCUUCACGGCCGUGCAGCUGCGGCACACGGAGGAGGUCUGCUUCUGCUUCGCGGACGUCCGGGAGGUGCAGUGGCUGGAGGUCACACUGGGCUUCGUCAUCCCCUUCGCCGUCAUCGGGCUCUGCUACUCCCUCAUCGUGCGGGCGCUGGUCAGGGCCCACAGGCACCGCGGGCUGCGGCCCCGGCGGCAGAAGGCCCUGCGCAUGAUCUUCGCCGUGGUGCUCGUCUUCUUCAUCUGCUGGCUGCCCGAGAACGUGUUCAUCAGCGUGCACCUGCUGCGGCGGGCGCAGCCCGGGGCCGCGCCCUGCACCCAGUCCUUCCGCCACGCCUACCCCCUCACCGGCCACAUCGUCAACCUGGCCGCUUUCUCCAACAGCUGCCUGAACCCCCUCAUCUACAGCUUCCUCGGGGAGACCUUCAGGGACAAGCUGAGGCUGUACGUGGAGCAGAAGACGAACCUGCCGGCCGUGAACCGCUUCUGCCACGCCGUCCUGAAGGCCGUGGUCCCGGACAGCGCCGAGCAGUCAGAGGUGAAGCUGAGCAGCGCGGUCUGAGGCCUCGCUCGGGGGCCCCCGUGGGGUGCCGCUUCAGCUCCUGUGCCCUGGCCAGGGUCACCCUUGGGGCGACUAGGGAGCCCCCCUGCAGGCCCUUCGAGACAUGCGUGGCUCCUGCUGCAGCCCAGGGACGCCUGUGUGUCCCGCAGCUCCUGAGUGCACGCACUGUACAAGGCCGUGACAGGGACAAGGAAGGCACUCAGUGCAGCAGAGCCACGAGGCUCCGGCCCCUGGACACAGAGCGUGCUCCACGGGGUGUGUCCAGGCCUGGGACCCUGGCCUGGGGUGAGAAGGAAGCAGAUUUCUCUGCUGGGCCCUGGGCACCCACUUCACCGCCCCUCCCGAGAUCCCCCAACACUGCAGGAGGCGGGCCGGGUGGCCGAGAGAGCUGUGGGCAUGGGGGUGGCCGCCAGCCGCCACAGUGGAGCACUCCCACAGUGUGGCUGAAGGGUUGGCCUCUGCAGAGAGCAACCAUGCAGGCAGUGUCACAAUGUAACUCCUCAUUAAAGUGUGCAGAAAAGGAAA